AUGUCGUCCGAAACCGCCGUCUCGCCGCAGCCGCUGUCCUCCAGCCCACCAACCGCCGCCGUCUCCGCCCAUUCCGGCCCCGCUCCCCCGGCCGACGAGCCGGAAGCUCCAGCCCCUCCCCAACCCCCGCCGCACCAUGCCUCGCCGUUGCCAGCCCCCUCCGUGUCCGACGAGACGGACGCCCCGACCCGUCCCCAACCCCUGCCGCGCCACCCCAUCGCGUCCUCCUCCUCCCCAUCCACCGCGGCCGGCGAGACGCAGGGCCCAGUACACCCCCCGCCCCAACCCCAGAUGCACCAACCGGCGUCGCCGUCCCCUUCCUCGGCGGAGCCGCAAACCCCUGUCCAGCCCCAACCGAACCAUUCGUCGCCGCCUCUCUCGGGGGACGACGACGAUGAAGACGUGGUCAUCACCGGCGCGUUAUCUGGGGCGGGCGGCGCGGCUUCGUCCGCGGUCGAUGAGCGAGUGAAGGGGCCGUGGUCGCCCGAGGAGGACGCGGUGCUGACCAAUCUGGUGAUGAGGGACGGGGCGCGGAACUGGACGAUGAUUGCGCGCGGGAUCCCCGGGCGCUCCGGCAAGUCCUGCCGCCUCCGCUGGUGCAACCAGCUCGAUCCUCAACUCAAGCGCAAGCCAUUCACUGAGGAGGAGGACCAGAUGAUAAUAUCUGCUCAUGCAAUUCAUGGGAACAAGUGGGCAUCUAUCGCGAAACUAUUGGUUGGGAGAACCGACAAUGCAAUCAAGAACCACUGGAAUUCUACUCUGAGGCGUCGGUACUGCACCGGUACCCGAUGCACACGAAGUGCUUCUGCGGAGCAACCUAUGAGAGAGAUGUCCAGGGCAGUUUCAGAAGAACGGUGGCCAUUGUCCGGUCCUAGUUCCUUCAGUGUUAUGGAAGUAAAGGAAGCUCCUGUGCAAACAGUAUCUGAAAGCUCAGCUGGGGCAUUGCAAAUCAGAGAUAUUAACAAUUGUAGCACUGAAGCUGUUGAUCGAUCCUACCCGGUGCGACCAGUGGCUACGGUUGGUGCUUUCAGACCAUACAGUCUAGGACCUGUUCAACAGAUGCAAAUGGAAAUGUCGAGCUCUACCAAGUUUGUUCCAACCAUUCAGGCUUUGACGCCUGAAAUUGCGGUCUCCAAGUUUGCUGAUACUACAUGCUUUGCUGCUGAUGUGCCAAACAAAUGUGGCCAUGGUUGCUGCAGCGCUGAAGAGCAACCUCGUAACAACUCAUUGUUGGGACCUGAGUUUAAAGAGUUUAUAGACCAUCCUCCAAUUUUGAGCAGUAGUUUUGCUUCGUUGGUAUCUGAAAUCAGCAGCAUUGCCUGGAUGAACGGUGGUCUGCAAAGCAGUAACUCUGGCAACUUAGUGCAGUCUAAUCCUCCAGCGCCUGACAAAUUAGGAAUCGUGUGA